AUGGAUCAGAAUGACAAUAAUAGCCACUAUCUCACUGAUGAAAGUGAACAACAAAUUUUAGAAUUAAGUCAAACAAGCAAAUUUUAUUUAUUUGACAAUUUGUUGUGUCUUAGUUCUAAUUCAUCCUACGUAUCUUCACCUACACCUCAACUAAUUCUACCUUUACAAAUAACAUAUCCAAUUGCAACAACAGAUAAAUUAACUGGUAUGUUGAUGCCCUAUCAAACUCUUACUGAGGGUUUAAAUGGGUUUUCUGGAACGGAAUGUGUGAAAACAUCAACUUGUGUGGACUGUAAAAAAGAUGGAAAGUUAAAAACAAUUCGUAUAUUUGAAAUAUCUCCAGUUAUUUUCAUUCAACUAAAACGAUUUAACAGCCAAAACGAUAAAUUAACAAUACCAAUUAAAUUUGAACCAAAAUUAAAUUUGAAUAGAUAUUUGGGCAGUGACCGAUUGAGUUCAUUAUCUGAUUAUUUACUGUAUGCUGUAAUUCUUCAUUAUGGAUCAGGUGUGC